GAGGGAGGGAGGGAGAGAGAGAGAGAGAGGUCCCAGUCCCAUCUAAUCGGAUUAGCGGACUAUAGGUUAACAGGCUGCUGUCUCUCUCCGCCCUACAUGGGACGGUCGUGUGCGCAGCGGUUUUACUUUCUACUGGAGCUCCCGUUUGCUAAACCUCAUUCGUAUUUCCUUUAAAUGUGCUCUGGAUAAGUGUUAACUACAACUCAACGUGGUUUCGUUUUUGAAGGGCGCACUUCGUGGGACUUUCACAGUUAUAAGGCGCGUAAAAUGUCACCAACUCUCCGAAGACGCGCAGCAUGCUCAACUAACCCAGCGCAGGUCAAGGAGUUUGUUUGAUUUAGCCUCUCGUAGGCGAUGUAAACCACUUUUUUUUUUUUUUUUUAAAUAUAUAUUUUAGGCACGGCAGUUUGGUUUAGCUCCUGUCUGGACAGACAGCCAGUCCCAUGCCCGCGCCCCGCGAUCCAGGCUGCACUCAACCCCGAGGACAGUGCCCUAGGCUCGGGGGUUAGAUGGUGCUUAUCACGGACGAUGGAGGAGGCGCUUCGUCUCUCCGGGUCAAACAGCUCCUGCAACAGCAAAAAGUCGGAGCGAACAUCACCAAUCAAGUGUACCCGGCCAUACCUGAGGAGCCCCUGUCCAACUCUGAGGAGGACUCUUUGGGCUCAUGCGACGAGGAUGACGAAGACGAGGAGGACGACGAUGAAUUUGAAGAAGUUGACUUCGAGGACUUGGAAGAUUGUGGGAGCGUCUUAUCGGACGACUCCUUCUACCCGCCUGAUGAUGUGUUCGCGGACUCGGAGCGCACCCCGUCACCGCAGCCGCUGUCUUUUUUCCAGGCGUGCUGCACCAACAAUGCCGCUAUCGUCCGGAUGAUGAUACGGCAUGGAGUGAAUGAGGAGGAGGUCAAGGAGAAGGACAGGAAUAACAGGAUAGGGCUGUUGGUUGCAUGUUACCAAGGUUACGUGGACGUCGUCAUUGCGCUGUCUCAGUGUCCGUAUCUAGAUGUGAACUGGCAGGACAGCGAGGGAAACACCGCUCUCAUCACCGCCGCUCAAGCGGGCCACAUAACAAUCACCAACUAUCUGCUCAACUACUACUCUGGGCUGGACCUCGAGAGGAGAAACUGCCACGGCUACACUGCUCUGAUGAAAGCCGCCAUGCAGGGCCGGAUGGAAUGUGUGCGCUCGCUCAUGUUGGCAGGAGCUGCCCUGAAUGCCAGGGACUUUGGCCGCAACCUGACGCCAAGGGAGUGGGCCUUAUUUACGGGCCGUUAUGAAACUGCUUGGGUGAUGACACGCCUGAUGGAGCGGCCCUGUCCCCGCCAGUACUGUGAUACAUACAGUCUAGAGUGGCCCCCGCUUGCAUCACUGGUAGCCAAAGCCGAGGAGCCCCGUGGCUGUCUGAAGCGCCUCUCGGACACUGUGCGCAACGUAUUCAACAUAGCCAACGUCACGAACCCCGAGGAUGAAGGCGUCAUCGACCACAUGGUUUCCAUUACGACUGCCAUGAGGAGCCCGUUUAUUGCUGUGGCAUGCCAUACUGUGUGUCCUGACAGCCCCCCAGCUGUGGGCAAACGGCGGCAUGCAGUUCCCGAAAUCAUCCGCCAGCAGCGUGCCAAAGAGCUCCGCUCCAUUAACCCUGACAGGGUAGACAGCCACCUCAAACUCUUCCAGAACUCCCGGGUCACACUGGUGGCCAAGAACUCUGUGGACCGCCGGGCCAGCCUUCAGCCCCAGAGUCUGGUGCCUCGAGAGAGGAGCGCCAGCCUUGAAGUAGUGGCUUAUAACGAAGCCCUGGAGCUGCGGAGAACUAGCCUGCUACCCAUGCACAUGGUGCUGAGGAGGAGCAGUGUCAGGCCAGGGUUCAGCAUCCCAAAAGUGAGGGUGUCCAAGGCCCCCGCACCCACUUAUGAACCAGAAAAGAUCCGGAGGAAGAGCAGUGCCAAAGAUGGAGGGGGGCAUCUGCUGCAGAUCCCAAAGUGGCGGUACAAGGAGCUAAAAGAAGAACGGAGGAAAGCUGAGGAGGCUGAGAGGAGGAGGCUGGAGGCUAUAACUAGGAGACACCUUGCUGCCACGAAAAGGAAAUAAUAUCACUGCCACAUGUGCAUGACCCCAAAAAGAGAAAAUCUGGACAGAACAUUAGGUCUGACACAUUUUCGGCGUUAAUGUUUUUUCUACAAUUUAUGUGCUCAGUGUGAGCCUAUAAUUACCAGCAGUGUUUAUAAAAGAGGACAGGAAACUGAUGGUUGCUUUUGUUUGCUCAGUUUUGCAAAGGGGAUGCUGGAUGGCCUCUUAUAAAUGGCUGCCAGAGCUUUGACAGAGGUGCACGAUGCUCAGUGUCCUUUAUGAUGUCAAACAGUGAAUACCCAGGGGAUUUGAUACUUGAAAUGUUUGUAGCUAACUUAUUUUUCAUAUUUAUUGCUUUUUGGUGGAAGGCCAAGUCUAAAUAUUGUUAUGCUUUGAGUGCUCCAUAAAACAGUGUUUCUAUAGUGCGUUACACUGUAUCGGAGCAGAAGACACUUAUUAACACUUAUUCUUUCACACUGUAACAACAGCAGAAUUGUGUCCAUUUUUCUGCCUAAAAAAUGGAAGAAAUUUAUGAAAGACAUUAUGAAAUAAUGUCUUUGUAAUAUUCAGAGGCGAAAUACUAAUGGGUGUGUCAUAUUGACAGAGAAAGCUAAACAUGAGCUUAGAUAGAAUCUAAUGGCGGCAUUGUCUUUAGAUGCUUUUUGUUUUGCUUUAUAUUAUGACAAACCCAUGAAUGUAUUUUGCAUAUAUAUUUCAUAUUAGAGAUUUGAAUGCUUUUUGAUGACAAACUUUGAAUUUUUUAUUCAAUACGGACUUUUUCACAUACUGAUAUAUAAACAACUAUGUUUUCUAGUCUUAAUGUUCGAGAGCAAGACUGAAAUGUAGAGCACUAUUGUGACGUGAUCUUACAAUGUGGGGAGAGGAUUAUUAUUAUUAUUCUUUUUUUAAUGUUUACAUCGCAAAACCACAUUAACACUGGUUAAAAUAGUCAUAAACUAACAUGCAAUGAAUGAGACUCUAAGAUGUGUUACAGGGUGGACAAAAUAAACUUCUCUGUUA